UCGUGGUGGUUCGGGCUGGACGGGCGAUGCGAAUGUCGCUCAGUUGAACUCCGCUAACUGUCUGGAAACGGUUUAGCGCGGUGUCAGACAAUAGGCCUUUUCGUUUCACACCGGCGAGCGAACCCGUCGGGACGGACUGUUGCCGGAAGUGAGGCCGCGCGGGAUGGCAGCCGCCGCGACCAUGGCGGCCGCCGCCCGGGAGAUGGUGUUGCGGGCCGGGGCGGCGGACAUGGAGGAGGAAGAGGGCCCGCUGGGGGGUGGUCCUGGUCUUCAGGAGCCGUUGCAACUUGGGGAGUUGGACAUCACCUCUGAUGAAUUCAUCCUGGAUGAAGUGGAUGUUCAUAUUCAGGCGAAUCUGGAGGAUGAAUUAGUAAAGGAAGCUCUGAAAACGGGUGUGGAUCUCCGUCACUAUUCGAAGCAAGUGGAGCUGGAUCUACAGCAGAUUGAACAGAAAUCCAUCCGGGAUUAUAUUCAGGAGAGCGAAAACAUAGCAUCUCUGCACAACCAGAUCACGGCCUGUGACGCUGUCCUGGAGCGUAUGGAGCAGAUGCUGGGAGCUUUUCAGAGUGACCUCAGCUCCAUAAGCUCUGAGAUCCGGACACUGCAGGAACAGUCCGGCGCCAUGAACAUUCGCCUUCGAAACCGCCAGGCAGUUCGUGGCAAGCUGGGGGAGCUGGUUGACGGCCUGGUGGUGCCCUCUGCUCUGGUCACGGCAAUCCUGGAGGCGCCAGUGACCGAGCCCCGGUUCCUGGAGCAGCUGCAGGAGCUGGACGCCAAGGCGGCGGCUGUGCGGGAGCAGGAAGCUCGAGGCACGGCGGCUUGUGCGGAUGUCCGAGGUGUACUGGACCGGCUCCGGGUGAAGGCUGUGACCAAGAUCCGGGAGUUCAUCCUUCAGAAGAUCUAUUCCUUCCGAAAGCCAAUGACCAACUAUCAGAUCCCCCAGACAGCCCUGCUGAAGUACAGGUUCUUCUAUCAGUUCCUGCUGGGCAACGAGCGAGCGACGGCCAAGGAGAUCAGAGACGAGUAUGUGGAGACCCUGAGCAAGAUCUACCUGUCUUACUACCGCUCUUACCUGGGUCGGCUCAUGAAGGUCCAGUACGAGGAGGUUGCUGAGAAGGACGACCUCAUGGGUGUGGAAGAUACCGCCAAGAAGGGAUUCUUCUCGAAGCCCUCCCUGCGCAGCAGGAACACCAUCUUCACCCUGGGCACUCGGGGCUCCGUCAUCUCCCCCACUGAGCUGGAGGCGCCCAUCCUGGUGCCCCACACGGCCCAGCGCGGGGAGCAGCGGUACCCGUUUGAGGCCCUCUUCCGCAGCCAGCACUACGCCCUUCUAGACAAUUCCUGCCGCGAAUAUCUUUUCAUCUGCGAGUUCUUUGUGGUGUCCGGCCCAGCCGCACAUGACCUCUUCCACGCUGUCAUGGGCCGGACUCUCGGCAUGACCCUGAAGCACCUGGAGUCCUACCUCACCGACUGCUACGACGCCAUCGCGGUCUUUCUCUGCAUCCACAUUGUCCUCCGCUUUCGCAACAUCGCUGCCAAGAGGGACGUGCCCGCCCUGGACAGGUACUGGGAGCAGGUGCUUGCCCUGCUGUGGCCACGGUUUGAGCUGAUCCUAGAGAUGAAUGUCCAGAGCGUCCGCAGCACUGACCCUCAGCGUCUCGGGGGCCUGGAUACGCGGCCCCACUAUAUCACACGCCGCUACGCAGAGUUCUCGUCUGCCCUCGUCAGCAUCAAUCAGACAAUCCCCAACGAACGGACCCUGCAGCUGCUGGGACAGCUCCAGGUGGAAGUGGAGAACUUUGUCCUUCGAGUGGCAGCUGAGUUCUCCUCGAGGAAGGAGCAGCUUGUGUUUCUGAUCAAUAACUAUGACAUGAUGCUGGCGGUGCUGAUGGAGCGGGCUGCAGAUGACAGCAAAGAGGUGGAGAGUUUCCAGCAGCUGCUCAAUGCACGGACCCAGGAAUUCAUCGAAGAGUUGCUCUCGCCCCCUUUUGGGGGCCUGGUGGCAUUCGUGAAGGAAGCUGAGGGUUUGAUUGAACGUGGACAGGCUGAGCGACUUCGAGGGGAAGAAGCCCGGGUUACUCAGCUGAUCCGGGGCUUUGGUAGUUCCUGGAAGUCAUCAGUGGAGUCUCUGAGUCAGGAUGUCAUGCGGAGUUUCACCAACUUCAGAAAUGGAACCAGUAUCAUCCAGGGAGCCCUGACUCAGCUGAUCCAGCUCUACCAUCGCUUCCACCGGGUCCUGUCUCAGCCCCAACUCCGCGCCCUCCCUGCGCGGGCUGAGCUCAUCAACAUUCACCACCUCAUGGUGGAGCUCAAGAAGCACAAGCCCAACUUCUGAUGAGCGGGACCUGGGGACCUGCAAUCUUCUCCAUGGACUUCAGUGCCCCACCCUGUCCCCUUCUUCUGGGCUCCCCUUCCGGUCUCCCUUGCCUCCCCGGUCCUAGACGACAUGCUUCAGCUACCUUCAUCCCCAGGAUGCUGCCUCGUACGGAUGCUGGACCCACUUGGCUUCUGGACCACCCCAUGUCUUCAGAUGUUGUGGGGUCACUUCUCCCUGGACUCACAAAAUGACAUUUUUCAUUGUCCCAGUUUUGUCAUCUCCUCCUCCCUCUGCAGCCCUCACUACCCCAAGGCUCUUCUUCCCCCAGCAACACUGUUGCUGCUUCAAUCUACUGUUCUCUCAGCUCUGAUUACCAUGGCCUACGAUGUGAAACCUCAGCUCAGAGAAUUAAUGGGGAGAGAGCCUGCCUGGCUCGGGGCCAUUGAUUCUCCCCUGCCCCCCGCCCCCCCCCCCCCCCACACACACAUUGCCCUUCAAAGUGAUUUCUUUUUGACCUCAGCAACCUGAACACUAACCACUGCCUUCCUGGCGUGAGACUUCCUC